UCCAGUUUGUUUACAAACGUCCACUGAUGCCACGACCAAAAUCCCAUUGAAACUUACACAGCCGUCGCCGGGAUUAAAAUAGAUUUUAGAAAUCCAUUGUCAUGGCAGAAAAGAAGCAGAAUGGAACAAGCUAUCAAAGCAUUCCUAGAUUUUCAAAGUUACAUCCUGUAAUCCCAAGAAGAUAUGUACCAGAGUGGAAGAAUGAUAUGAAAAACAGAGAGUUGCUUGUUAUGAACUGCGAAAUGAGUGGCAUCAUUCCCAAAGGCCCACACGAUGAAAGUCUUUUCCUGGACAAACGAGAACGCAUGAAUGAAGUAGAGCCAAGAGAGAGGGUGGAGUCCAAGCAUCCAGUCUUAGAACGUUAUGAUGCUCUUAGGCCAGAGUUCCACACGGCUCAGUCUAAGUACCAGAGCAGUCUUAUGUUUCGCAAGGACAGUGUACCAGGUCACGACUAUCAAUGAUAUAGGCUAUCAACAAAAUAGAGACAUUUGCACAAUUAGAUAGCAAUAUGAAUUUAUCUUUCAUCACAUGGACACUUUAUGUUAAGUUUCCUGAUGUGGUUCUUUUUAUUUUUGACAAAUUGAGUUGGUAUUUAUUUCUAUAGUUUCGACAAAGAAUGGUCAGUGGAGCAUGUACAAUGACCAUGUUUGUAGCAUUCUUUGAAAUUAUAUACCGAUAGUCAGUGGUCAUCAUAUUUACAUUUGAAUCACUCGACAUGUUUUUUCUGUAUUAUGUGUAUGCCUACACUCGUAUCUAUGAUUAUUAUGUAUAAUCUCUUUAAAGGGGAAUCCAAUCCAAAUAAAAACUUGUUUUUUAGAGGAAACAGAAAAAUCAGAAAAGUUUUUAGGUGAAAGUUUGAACAAUAUCGGACAAACAAUAAGAGACAAUCAUGAAUUUUUAAAGGCUGUAAAUAUUGGUAGUCACUCUACCCAUGGAGACUUCAAAUUGGCCUCAUAUGUUAUGUUAUAGUGAUGUAAGGCAAGGACUCCUCUUCCAUACAUGUACUCCAAUACAUAAAAUGGCUAUCCAGUAAUCCUACUGUACUGAGUGUGCUGAUUGACUAUGCUAAUUAUCAUGUGUAUAUCAUUUAUCAAGCGACAGGUUAUUUGUGGUCAUUCACCCAGGCAAGGGGCACAAGGUAAGCA